AUGCCAGCCAAGAAAGGUGUUAAGAAGACAGCAACAAAGACAGCCGUUGAUGGUGAACGCCAACAUCCAAAGACACGUUCAUCCCGUGCCGGUCUUCAGUUCCCAGUCGGUCGUCUUCACAGAUUCCUCCGUGAAGGCCGUUAUGGUGAGCGUGUCGGUGCUGGUGCUCCAGUCUUCAUGGCCGCUGUUCUUGAGUAUCUUACUGUCGAAGUUCUCGAACUUGCCGGUAACGCUGCUCGUGAUAACAAGAAGACACGUAUUUCCCCACGCCACAUCAUGCUCGCUGUUCGUAACGAUGAAGAAUUGAACCAGCUCCUCUCCAACAUUACAAUCGCCUCUGCAGGUGUUGUUCCACACAUCCAUAAGGUCCUCCUCGGCAAUCCAAAGAAGGGAAAGGAUGCUUCCCAGACACAGGAGUAA